CCAUUCCCUCCCAUACCUCAUUCGAAACUUUCCCGCUUGGGCUUGGAGAGAUGGAAAUGGAGAGUGAGAGGCAGAUGGAGGGGUGGGAGACGCCGAAGAGGGUGGAGUGCCGGAUCCCGGCGGUGCUGCCGUGCCCACCACCGCCGAAGAAGAAGUCGCCGGCGGGGGCCUACGGGAAGAGGAGGGCUCCGCCCAAGAACGGCUACUUCCACCCGCCGGAUCUGGAGGCAUUCUUCGCCCUCGCGCCCCGAAGGGAAGCGUCCUGCGCUUGAUGCUCGUAUCUGGGAUUGGAGAAGGAGCGCUCACGCCGAGAUAAAAGUUAGCUUUCUUGGGUGUGUAUAUAUAUAUAUAUCUGUUGUACCCUUAUUCUAAUAUCAGGGAUUUUAGCUUUUCUCCUUCUCUCUUCUCUAUCUCUCUCUGAGUCUAUUCUCAACUGCAAGCAAAUCAAAUCAAACCUUUUUGUAAUACUAGUAAUGAUGAUGAUGCUAUAUCGGUCAUUUCUUCU